ACUCUAAAAACUCUAAAAACUCAAAAAAAAACUCACAAAACUCACAUAACUCAUAAAACUUGAAAAACUCGAAAAACUCUUAAAAGGCAAUAUCGAUCCAAGCAAUCAUUUGCAGCCGAAAACCCGUCACUUUUGCACGAAAACCAACUAACGAUGGACAAGCCGAAGAAGAUUAACCGAUCAAACAGCGACCAUGCAGCACUGGUGAACCGCGGUUCCAAGGGUUCCGCCGCUCGCAAUCCUGCCGAGAAGCCACCAGGUGCCCUGGCCACCACCAAGUCGGCCAUCAAUCUUUCGAAACCGGUGACCGUCGUCAAGUCGUCGUCACGCAGCAAAUUCCCGGUGAAAAAGUUGUUUGCGGAAGUUCCGCCAAAGACGACCGCGGCCGCAGCCGAAUCGGCACUUCCGUCGGAGGUCACUCCGAGGAAGCAGUUCUUCCCCGCGAUGGAAAAGUCCCGCACGAUGAUCGAGAUGGGUUCGCCGGCGAAGGUCAAGCCGGAACAGGGGGAGUGGGCGUCAACUACGGCUCUGGCCGGUUCCGGAAGUGGGUGCGAGGGUGGGAUGAGGAGUUCCAACACGAGCAAGUUGGUUUACGAGACGGCGUUCCGGAUGUUGCUCAAGUGCUGGCGCGACAAGAAGAAGCAGAUAAGUCGACUUAACGCGCAGCUUAGCCACAAGGACAAUACUUCCAUCAAAUACCGGAACCAGUUGCACACGAUUCAAUCCCUGUACCAAAACGAGUGCAAGAACCAUGAAGCGGCCCGAAACGACUUGCGAUCGACGAAGAAGAAGCUGGAAACACUCAAAACCAAUCUCCUAGAGGAGAAAACGUCCCACCUGUCGAAAGUGUCCGAGCUGGAAGCGUCCGUGAUCCAGCGGGACAAGCUGCAGGAGCAGUUGACCAAGAUUGAAGGGGACUUGGCCAAGGCCAUCAUCAACUGGCACAGCUUCGAGUACCGGUCCAAAGAGUACGAGGAACGGUGUGACCUGCUGGAGAGUGAGAAGAAGGAGCUGUUGAAACAGAUUGAUCAACUUGAGGAAAACUUCAAAAAUUUCGAGCGAGACUAUGAGAACUCCUUGCAGGUUCAAACCAACAGCAAUAAGGUGUACGAAGUUCGACUGGAACACCAUCAAAAGCUGCUGGAAGAUGCUAAAAAUCAACUGGAGCUACGCGAAUCGGACUGCGAGCUGCUGAAGGAGUGGAACGUCCGGCUAGCGGAGGAACUGGCCGCGGUCAAGAGCAGCUACCACGCGACCUACGGCUAUCGAGUGCGGCAGUUUUUCACCAAUUUGCCCCGCAAGCCUGGAUUUUACGUGCAAUACGCGCUGUAUCUGUUUGUGCAGGGCGUUCCGGUGCCUCGGAGUCGCGGGAAGCGGGUUCUCCGACAUGGUCAGGCCGUGCGACGGAUGAUUGCUUGAUUUGAGAGUGGUUUGAGAUUUGGUUUAUUUGAUAUUUUUAGUUUUUAUCGAUUUUUUGAUGAUGAUGCUCGGCAUUGAGGUAUGUGAUAUUUUUUAGUGAUCUAGAUGAUAUGAAAUAAAUAUUAUAAUAAACCUUAA